AUGGCGUCCCUCUUCUUCUCUACCCCAGUCGAUAUCGACAUUGUCCUUGAUGAUCUCGAUGACCGUCAAACCGUCGAUGUCAAGCUUGACAAGGGCCGGCGCGAGCGCGUGCCCCUUUAUAUGGAUGGUGAAUCCGUGAAGGGUGCUGUGACGAUCCGGCCCAAGGAUGGCAAGCGAUUGGAGCAUACAGGCAUUAAGGUGCAAUUUAUUGGCUCAAUUGGUACGUCUGACAUUCGAUCUCCAUGGGGUCUUCUCCCGAGAUCCCGCCGUCGUCCAAGUCGACCUAGGGCUUACCAGGCUCCAGAGAUGUUCUACGAUCGAGGCAACCACUAUGAAUUUCUAUCGCUCGUCCAAGAACUGGCCGCACCCGGCGAGCUCCUCCACCCUCAAACCUUCCCGUUCCAUUUCAAAAACGUCGAGAAACAGUAUGAAUCAUACAAUGGCAUCAAUGUCAAACUCCGCUACUUCGUCCGGGUAACCGUCUCCCGGCGCAUGGCCGACGUCAUUCGCGAGAAGGACCUCUGGGUUUACUCAUACCGCAUGCCUCCAGAUGCCAAUGCGCCGAUCAAGAUGGACGUGGGUAUUGAGGACUGCCUGCAUAUUGAGUUUGAAUACUCGAAAUCCAAGUACCACCUCAAAGACGUCAUCGUUGGUCGCAUUUACUUCUUGCUUGUGCGAUUGAAAAUCAAGCACAUGGAACUGUCAAUCAUACGCCGGGAAAGUACCGGGUCUCCGCCAAAUCAAUAUAACGAAAGUGAGACUCUGGUUCGUUUUGAGAUUAUGGAUGGCUCACCUUCUAGAGGUGAAACAAUCCCCAUCCGUCUCUUCCUUGGUGGAUUUGACUUGACUCCAACAUUCCGCGACGUGAACAAGAAGUAUUCGACACGGUACUACCUCAGCCUGGUGCUGAUAGAUGAAGAUGCCCGACGUUACUUUAAACAGUCUGAAAUCCUUCUCCACCGACAAGCACCCGAGAUUGCCGCCACACCGCAGAUUGCACAGCAACAACAAAUUCAACAGCAACAACUUCUUGCCCAGAAUCAGCAGGCGCUUCCACCGGGUUCUGCGACUGCUGGACCAGGGCGGGAGGUUAAUCGCCAGCCGCAGCCUCCUACCAACCCGCCUGUUCCAGAGCCCGCGGCGGCAUGA